AUGAAACAGUUUGAGCCUUUUCCUGUUGACCCUAAUCUUAUCAUCAAUGUGAUAUUUGAUGCUUUCUUGUCUUUUAGAUUUAAGCAAGUUACGGUCUUACUAAUAUCUUUAAGCGCUAGUCGCGAUACAAAUCAGGCUAUUAGCACUAUUGAUACAAUGAAAGCAGUAGUUCAGGAUAAAAAUUUCACUAGAUAUUUCAUUCUAUAUAUUGUUUCAAACAUUCGCAACUGUAAAUCUCAUUCAUACGAAAAGGAAGGCAGUCUUAAUGAGUCAAAAUUUACGUCAAAAUCUGAAAGUAUGUUUGAAUUGGAAUUAUUUCAUUCAUCUCUGAAGUCUAUGUUCGUUUGGAAAUGGCAUCUGAUUAACCUGGAAAACAACAUCACCCUUGCCAAUUUGAACAAAGAACAACAGUCCCAGCUUGCAGACAUUAGCAGUAUAUUCAGCCCUCCUCAUUCCCCCACCUCGUAA